UCCCCUUCGCUUCUUCUCUACUAUUCUUUUUUUUUCUCUUUACAAAUUAAACCGUAAUCACCGCCAUUUUCAGCGGGAAAUUCACCUUUUUUUUUUCCCCUUAUAACCCCACAACUUUACUUUCAUUAACGUUUGCACGUUUAUCUCAUCACAUUGGACUGUGGCUCUUUAAAUUUUGACUAAAAUUCAGGGUUUUGGGGAUUAAUCAGUUUGUCUCUCUAGGGUUUUACUUGGAGCUGAAAAUUUUGAGUAAUCUGAUGAGAAUUACUGUAGUUCUUUGAUCAUUUCAAGAUAAUAGCAUUUGGGGUUGUGUAAAAAUUGAAUAUUUUGUGGUUUUACAGGUUUGGUGUUGUUAAUUAUUGAUUGAUUUUGAAGGGAAUUGCUGAAGAUCUUUGAUCAUUUUGAAGAUAAAUUGUGUUAGGUAGUUCCAGUUUUUUGGGGUGUGAGAAAAAUUCAAUCUUUUGGGGUUUUACGGGCUUGGUGUUGUUGUUUGAUCAUUCUUAAGAUAACUGUGUUUAGGUAGUUCCAAUUUGCUUGGGGUGUGAGAAAAAUUGAAUCUUUUGCGGUUUUACGUGUUUGGUGUUAUUAUUUGUUGAUUGAUUCUGAUGGCUCAGACAGCUCAGUCUAAUUCUAAGCCACCUAUGAGUCACAAUUUUGGUGUGGGAGCUUCUCAUGCGAGGUCUUUAUCUCAACCGAGUAUUUUCUCGAAUUGUUGUUUGCCCCCACUGAGCCCUAUUCCUCCUAUCGAGCCGUCGAUGGCGAAGGACAUGUCUAUGGAGGAAGUAGAUGUGAAUUCUCAAGGUCCAAAUGUUGUGUCUUCCUUUACAAGGGAAAACACGUUUCGGGGAAGUGAUGGUCUUCCUCCUCGGAAAGGACAUCGUCGAUCUAACAGUGAUGUUCCGUUAGGAUUCUCAGCUAUGAUACAGUCUUCACCUCAGUUGAUGCCCAUAAGUGGCCAGAAAGUUAUUGGUGAGAGGAAAGCAAGGGGAGAGGUUACAGAUGAGUUAUUGUUUUCCUAUAUGAAUUUAGAAAAUAUAGAGGCAUUGAACUCUCCAGGCACUGAGGAUAGAGAUAAGGACAGUAUGGUCAGUGGCACAAAGGUAAGCGGUUGUGACAGCAGCAAUAAUGAAGCGGAAAGUGUUUUGAAAGGGAACACUGCUAGUAUCCAACCAACAAGUUUAAGGGAAGGAACAAAGAGGAGCGCAGAUGCGAAUAUUGCUCCAGCUGCACGUCACUUUAGGAGUCUUUCCAUGGAUAGUGGUAUUGGAAGUUUUAAGUAUGGCGAUGAGUCACCAAACUUACCAACUUCUCUGGUGAUACGUUCCGGUCAGCUUUCACCGAGUAAUUCAGGAAAUGAGAGUUCGAGCAAGCAUAAUUUUGACUUUGGAAAUGCUGAAUUUAGUGAAGCUGAGCUGAAGAAAAUUAUGGCAGAUGAAAGACUUGCUGAGAUUGCAGUUUCAGAUCCUAAGCGCGCCAAAAGGAUAUUGGCUAAUCGUCUGUCUGCUGCUCGAUCCAAGGAGCGUAAAUUGCGUUACAUCUCAGAAUUGGAACAUAAGGUUCAAAAGCUACAGACAGAAGCAACUACCUUAUCCACACAAGUUACCAUCCUGCAGAAAGAUUUUACUGAGAUUUCAAGCUUGAACAGUGAGCUGAAAUUCCGCAUUCAAGCCAUGGAACAACAGGCUCAACUUAGAGAUGCCUUGCAUGAGACAUUAACUGCAGAAGUCCAGCGUUUAAAGCUUGCUGCUGGGGAACUACGGGAGGAAGGACGGUUGCCUAAUAGCAUGACACAACAGAUGUCAGUGAAGCAUAACAUGUUCCAGAUGCAGCGUCAGCAGCCUAGUCAAAUGCCACAAUUAUCUGUUGGCAAAGCAUCCGCCUCUUCAGCAACACCUGCAUCCGCCUAGUGGACAAACACAAAGCCUUGAGGAGGUGAAGAUAAUCCCUACAUGAAGCCAAAAAAUUUGCUACCUGUCAUUGGUCUCACAUGCUGAACAAUGCUGAGAAACUAAGGUUUCAGAUAUUAGUAUUUAUAUAGGUUUCUUAUGUGUGUGUGGUUAUAAUUUAUACUAUAUGUAGUGAAUCAUUGUUUUGUUCAUAGGAAAUGACUGUAACAAUAAAUUGGAGUCAAACUUUGAGCCAAUGUUUUCUCCUA